AUGGAGGCUGUACAGUUAGCCGCAUUCCUAGAGCCGGCCAGGGAUGGCAGAAACCUGGCACUGGGUAUCGGCAUUCAGAAUUUUCCUGAGGGCCUCGCUGUGAGCUUGCCGCUGCAAUCGGCUGGCUUUUCCGUCUGGAGAGCUUUCUGGUAUGGACAGCUGUCUGGUAUGGUAGAGCCCGUGUUUGGUGUGCUUGGAGCAGUAGCUGUGGCUGCAGCGAAACCAGUGCUGCCGUAUGCACUCGCAUUCGCGGCAGGUGCUAUGAUAUAUGUCGUGGCCGAUGACAUCAUUCCUGAGGCUAAUGCAUCUGGCAACGGAAAGCUGGCGACAUGGGGUUGCAUCGUCGGAUUCAUGGUCAUGAUGUGUUUGGAUAGGGCGCGGGGUGCCCCUCUCGGCUGCAGUCAGCCGCGUGCGCCCGCGCCCCGCGCAUGUGCAACUUGCACUGUAGCGUCGGAACCCGAACCUGAACAGAACCUUCGCGCAUCCUUAACCGUCUUAAAUCCGCAACCACGAUCACUGAACAUACGCAACACGCACUCGGACCUAUCACCUCCGUUUACAGCCACAGCCGCUUGUGCAUAUCAACAUGGUCGGAAGUGGGAGCUCAACGGCCGGCAGCCUCGACGCACACCUGCCCGUCACGCCGCGCUUACGACGCCACUCGCAUUGUAUUUCAUUUUGCUAUCUUUUAGUACGUAUCAAUUCGUGGAUACUUCACGAAAGAAAAUUUUAUUCCCACAUGUUGUCACUUGUCAUUGCCAAAAGCGACUUACAAUAGAAAACAUAAAUUGGUACUUUAGAUGGAGUAUCAUUUGUGUUACG